AUGACGAACAUACAGAAUCCUUAUCCUAGCUCGAAUUUAAGCAUCUUGAUAUACGGAUUACUUCAAGUCUGGACCUCGUCCGUAUUGGUUAAAAUAAACAAGGAUAGUUCAGUAUUCUCGGAGGCUAUAACGGAAACUGAGGCGUCUUGGAUGGUCUCAUCCUUUUUCGUUGCACCCUGUUUAUUAACCGGCCCAGCAGCCUACGUAAUAGAUCGCUUUGGUCGUAAACUAGCUCUUGUUAUGAGCUAUGUAACGCCCCUGUGUGCGUGUUUUUUAUACAUUUUCGGGACAAAGAUAUGGAUGGUAAUCAUAGGCAGAUUCUUGUGUGGUAUCGGUUUGACAAUCGCUUUCAUAGCUGUCCCUGCCUAUACUGCUGAGAUUGCUAGUACGGAGAUCCGCGGUGCAUUGGGGACGGUACUCCAGACGUGCAGUUCCGUGGGGAUAUUAAUAAUGUUCUGCAUAGGCUCAAUUGGAUCAUAUAUGACUGUUAAUAUUAUAAUUUUAUCGAUCACACUUAUAUGCGCAAUACCGAUGUUGUUUAUCCAAGAAUCACCAUUCACUUUGUUUACUAAAGACCUAUGCGUUAGUUUAGCAGUAUUUUUCAAAUUAAAAGAUGACAAUGUUGAAAUCAAAGGAAUAUUCAAUUACGUCCCACUUUUGUCAUUGGCCCUUGUUGUAUUCUGCUACAGUGCUGGGUAUGGAUCGAUCUACUUCAUGAUAAUAUCAGAGAUUUUUGAGGGACCAACUCGAGCUGUGGGCGUCUCCGCGGGGAUCCAAGUUAACAGUAUAUUCUUCUUCCUCAACACAAAAUUCUUCAUCAGUUUGGUCUCCUUGCUAGGAGCUAGCGCAGUUUUUGCGAUACUAAGCGUUAAUUGCGCAAUCGGAUGUCUGUACGUUUUCUUUUUUGUGCCAGAAACCAAAGGGAAGAGCUUUAGUGAGAUUCAAAAUACGCUAGGAUUUAAAAAUAAUUUUGCAGCCGAAUGAUGU